AUGCAAAAAGUCGAAGAAAUAAUUACUGAAGAGAAUGCCUUAUAUUCUAAUAGGGUAUUUGAAUACUUGACAUCAUUAAAAGGAUUGAAUUAGAAAGAAAAAGUUGUUUAAGUUGAUCUAGAAACAGCUUUUUUAAUUGAUUUCUCUGUCAAAGAGUUAGAAGAUGAUGAAGAGGAGAGCAAAUAAUUCUUAGAGUCAGAUCAAUUUCUUACCUAUGUGAGAAGAGGAUGCACAUUUAUUAGAUAUCCAAAAGAUAAAAAUGUUUAUCUUCUAAGAAAAGGCUAUUAAAAAUUUUGUUAUUAGAGCAGCAUUCCAUAGAAAGUAUGUGAUGUAUUCGAUCUGGACUAAUUUAAUAGAAAAACCUCGCUUUUAGAAAAAUUUUAGUCAAUUAAUUUACAGAGAACAAAUAAAGAGGAUGGAUCUAAUGUAUAAAUUUCAUGGUGUGCUAAAUUAAAUUGUUGGGUUAUCUGUUCUAAAAAUGAAGCUUACCUUAUCAAAAACUUAAGCAAAAAAUAUCUGGAUAAGCUAUAACCAGUCAUUGUUGAAAUGGCUAAGCUUUGGUUCAAAUUUAUUGAUACUUUGCCCAAAGAGAAAUUAGCUAUUUUACAAGAAUUUUGUUCCAAUAAAACUUUGAUUGGUGAAAUAUGUGGUGCUAACAAACAUUUAAAAUAAUAUGUUACUUACAAAGAAGAAUAACUGGUUUUCUUAUCUAUUGUUGAUAAUUUUAGUGAUCAAAUUUGCUAUACUCCAAUUGAAUCAGCUUAAAUUUUAAAUGAUUUUGGAUUGAAUACUGUCAAAAUUUAAUAGACUGGAGAAAUAGCUUCUUAUGAAGAGUUAUAAAAUUAAGUUAAUAGAAUUAGGUAAGAAAUAGCAACAGGAUCUUUUGAAAAUUAUGGAGAAGGAGAAGUAUUAUAUUACUGCAUUACAGAUAAGGAAUAAAAAAAGACAGUUGUUUUAAUGGAAAAAAUUAAAACCUUUGAAUAUUCUUUAUUCAAAGCCAUUAUUAGGCUAAUGCCAUGCACUUUCAAAAAGAAUAAAAAUUAAGAAUUUAAUCUUAAAAAAGUUUAGUAUGCAGAAGAAAACUUAUUGAAAUACAUUGAAAAAGUAAAAGAGAAAUUUUUUAUGUAUGGUAGCUUAGAAUUAUAUUAUAAAAUGGUAAAAUAAGUUAUUUAGUUUUACUUGGUGGGAGGAUAAGUUGAUUUAUUAAGGUUCUAAGAAUAUUUUAUUUCAUUUAAAUAUAUUUUGCAAAAAGAGCAAAUAAUUAAUCAAGAGAAUCUGCUUUUAGAAUUGAAAAAUACUUUCGGAAUAGACAUUUUAAAAGAAUAGUAAGAAAAAAUAGAUAAAAUUGAGAAGGAAAAACAAUUAAUAUCUGAAAAAAAAGCAAAUAAACUUCAGCUUCUAUCCACCAAAAAAGAUGAAAGUGUACAAAAAGAUGCAACUAAUAUUUUUUAACUAAAAAAAAUAUUUGAAUGA